AUGGGAAAUUUACCAGCGGAACGCCUAGAACCAUGUCGAGCUUUUAAAAAAUGCGGAGUGGAUUUCGCCGGUCCAAUCACAAUCAAAACCAGUUUGAGAAAAAAGGCAGCAGUGACUAAGGGCUACAUUUGCGUCUUCGUUUGUUUUAGUACUCGUGCUGUCCACAUAGAACUUGUAAGUGAUCUGACCAGCGAUGCAUUUUUGAACGCGUUAAAAAGAUUUAUUGGUCGUCGUGGUGUAUGCUCUGAUAUAUAUAGUGACAACGCCACUAAUUUCGUCGGCGCCAAUAAAAAGCUUUCCGAGCUUAAAUGUUUGUUCCAGUCAGCGACCCAUUUGGACAAAAUGUAUAAUGCGUUAGCAACAGAGGGUAUUAAUUGGCAUUUUAUCCCCCCCCGAUCUCCUCAUUUUGGUGGGUUAUGGGAGGCUUCUGUAAAAUCCAUAAAAACUCAUCUGUACCGGGUAUUGGGCGAAUCGCAUUUGACAUAUGAGGAAUUAAAUACUAUUUUAAUAAAGAUAGAAGCUGUCUUAAAUUCUCGCCCACUCACUCCUCUUUCCUCUGAUCCUAUGGACGCGACACCAUUAACACCAGCUCAUUUCCUUAUUGGUGAACCUACCUGUUCAGUACCUGAACCUGACUUGUCGUCUGUACCUGAUAACCGCUUGAAACGAUGGCAGCGCGUGACUCGACUUACGCAGUGUCUUUGGAAACGUUGGAAUGACGAAUACUUAUCCCAACUACAGACCCGAAAAAAAUGGUUAUCAAAUAAAGGUCCAAAUUUAAGCGUUGGUACUUUGGUACUAAUUAAGGAAGACAACAUAACUCCUUUGUCAUGGUCUCUUGGUCGUGUAGUACGUGUGCAGGCUGGAGCUGACGGGGUCGUUCGAGUGGCUACUGUUUUGAGCCGCGGGAAGGAGGUAAAAAGGUCUGUCAGAAAAUUAUGUCCUCUUCCGUUCGAAGGUAAUGUUUAG